AUGGCGUCGAUACCGAUUAUUGUGAAGCACGCCGGCAAACGUCACGAAGUCGAGCUCGACCCUACCUCCAACGGCGAGACAUUGAAGUACCAGCUGUUUUCUUUGACGGGCGUGGAGCCAGACCGACAAAAGGUGCUCGUCAAGGGCGGCCAGCUGAAGGAUGACACCCCGUUGUCGUCGCUCAACGCCAAGCCAGGGCAGAUCUUCAUGAUGAUGGGUACCCCGUCGGGUGGCCAAGGAUCUGCCGAUCUCGGUCGGCCGAAGGAGGCAGUCAAGUUCCUCGAGGACAUGACUGCUGCGGAAGUGGCACAACAAGAGGGUGCUAUACCUGCUGGUCUGCAGAAUUUGGGAAACACCUGCUACCUGAACUCCACUCUCCAAACCCUGCGCAGUGUUCCUGAGCUGCAGGAGGAGCUUCAGAAGUAUCAACCGGGCAAUGCCUCUGGUCAGUCAGGUAUUUCCGACCUCAGCAGCUUCGGUCUCGGCGCCUUGGAUGGCUCCAGGGAUAUGGCUGCAGCUCUUCGGGACCUGUUCAAGCAGAUGUCCGAGACCCAAGAGGGCAUCCCUCCACUGAUGUUCUUGAAUGCUCUUCGCACGGUUUUCCCCCAGUUUGCCCAGCGUGACCGCAACGGACAUGGCUAUGCGCAGCAGGACGCCGAAGAGGCAUGGUCCCAAAUCCUGAACCAACUGCGAACCAAAUUGACCAUCAGUGAUGGAAACGGAGAUGCCGCCACUCGAACUUCAUUCGUCGAGAAAUAUAUGGCCGGCCGGUUUGAUUCCGUUACCGAGUGUGACGAACCUGGGGCGAAGGAUGCGGGCGAGGAGCCGAGCAAGGGUUCCGACGUGUUUUUCAAGCUGGAUUGCCACAUCGGAAAGGAAACCAACCACCUUCAGGAUGGUAUUAUGGAAGGCUUGGAGGAGAAGAUCGAGAAGCAGUCCCCUACGCUGAACCGCAACGCCUUAUACACGAAGCGGUCCCGCAUUUCUCGACUGCCGAAGUACCUGACGGUGCACUUCGUUCGUUUCUUCUGGAAGCGCGAGACUCAGAAGAAGGCCAAGAUUAUGCGAAAGGUCACCUUCCCUGCUGAACUUGACGUGGUAGAGUUCUGUACCGAGGAGCUUCGGAAGCAGCUCGUGCCCGUCCGUGACAAGGUCCGCGAAAUUCGGAAGGACGAGGUUGACAUCGAGCGUUCUCGCAAGCGUCAGAAGCUGAACAUUCAACAGGAGGAAGAACAUAAGAAAGAAGAGAAAGAAACUGGAGGCGGCAUGGAGCCGAUGCAGAAGAAGCAAAAAGCCACUGAAGAGAAGGGCAAGACCGGUGAUAAGGACGGCGAUACUGCAAUGGAGGAGAACUUCAAGACCGACGUGGAGUACGAGGCAGAGAAGAUGGAAGCCGUCCGGGUCGCCAAGCAGGAGCUAUACGACCUGCUUAAGCAGAAUGGCCCCGCCAACGGCACCAACCAGUCUGGAUUGUACGAACUUCGCGGCGUCAUUACCCACCAGGGCGCGAGUGCCGACAGUGGUCACUACACGGCCUAUGUCAAGCAACCGGAGCGGAAGUCCAAUGAUGCCCAGACUGGUGGCAAGCGCCGCGAGGGGGAAGGCAAGUGGUGGUGGUUCAACGACGACAAGGUGACCGAAGUGGAAGCCGAGAAGAUCGAGACCCUUUCGGGUGGUGGAGAGUCCCACUCUGCUCUGAUCCUGCUUUAUCGGGCCAUUGAGCUGCCUACAUUGGAUUGA